AUGGGGCAACGUGUUUCGCGGACGGAUUUCGAGUGGGUGUACGAUGACCAACCGCACACCUGGCGAAGGCAGGAAAUGGUGAAAAAGUAUCCGCAGAUAAAAAAGCUAUUCGGACCGGAUCCACGCUUUAAGUACAUCGUGUCCGCCAUGGUGCUUACGCAAAUUGUGAUGCUGUACGUGAUGCAGAACCAAUCGUGGGGCAUGAUCGUGCUGGUGGCUUACUGCUUCGGUGGUGUUAUCAAUCACUCGCUAAUGCUAGCAAACCACGAGAUAUCGCACAAUAUGGCGUUCGGGUAUGCACGUCCGCUUGCCAACCGGUACUUUGGCAUGUGGUGCAAUCUGCCGAUCGGUGUACCGAUGUCGGUAUCGUUUAAAAAGUACCACAACCUUCACCAUCGCCAUCUGGCGGACGAUGAUCUAGAUCCGGAUGUGCCAACGCUGCUAGAGGCGAAACUUUUCUGCACAACGUUUGGCAAAUUCAUCUGGGUAUGCUUGCAGCCAUUUUUCUACGGACUAAGGCCACUGUUUGUGAAUCCGCUGCCCGUGACGAGGCUGGAAAUGAUUAACACGGCCGUCCAGCUAACGUUCAACGCGCUGGUAGUGCUCGUGUUCGGAUGGCGCAUGAUGGCUUACCUCCUGAUCGGAUCGGUGCUAGCGAUGGGACUGCACCCAGUGGCCGGACACUUUAUUGCGGAGCACUACAUGUUUGCGAAAGGCUUCGAAACGUACUCGUACUAUGGGCCACUAAACUGGAUCACGUUUAACGUUGGCUACCAUAACGAGCAUCACGACUUUCCCGCCAUACCGGGCAGCCGUUUGCCUGAGCUGAAGAAGAUCGCACCCGAAUACUACGAAACGAUGCCGCAGCACACCUCCUGGGUGCGUGUACUGUACGAUUUUAUCACCGACCCGGCCGUCGGGCCGUACGCUAGAAUCAAGCGCAAAAGUCUCGACAAACCGAAAGGAGCAACAGCAGCAGCACCACCGUCCAAAUCGAUUGGCCUGAUCAGUGAUUCAUGGCAACCUGAGGUAGAGCAGAAAAAAAGAUAAGCCACCCUUUCCUAACGGUUUGUGUACGUAAUUCGUUCGGAAAAGCAAGUUUUGUAAUAAAAAUUUGACA